AUGGGUUUCGGCAAGAUCUACUCCUACGAGGGCAACCCACGCACCACCGCCAUUCUCGCUGUUGCCAAGGCCAACGGCCUCGACCUCGAGCUGGUGCACACCGAGCCUGGCAAAGUCAGCGACGACUACAGGAAGAUCAACAAGCUCGGCAAGGUCCCAACUUUCCAGGGCCAGGAUGGCUACGUCCUGAGCGAGUGCAUCGCCAUUGCCAUCUACCUCACCUCCCAGAACGAGAAGACCGCACUCCUCGGCAAGACCAAGCAGGACUACGCAUCCAUCCUCCGCUGGAUGUCCUUUGCCAACACCGAGCUCCUCCCCGGCCUCGCUGGCUGGUUCCGUCCGCUGCUUGGCAAGGACGCUUACAACAAGAAGAACAUCGAGGACUCCAAGAAGCGCACCCAGAACAACAUCAAGGUCCUCGAAGACCACCUCUUGGUCAACACCUACCUCGUUGGCGAGCGUCUCACCCUCGCCGACAUUUUCACCGCCGCCAUCGUUGCACGUGGCUACGACUACGUCUUCGACAAGGCAUGGCGCGCACAGAACCCAACCGUCACUCGAUGGUUCGAGACUGUAGCCAACCAGGAAAUUUACAAGGCUGUUGCCGGUGAACUCAAGUUCAUUGAGAAGGCCAUCCCAGACACUCCACCAAAGAAGGAGAAGGAGGAUAAGCCAAAGGCUGAGCAGUCAAAGAAGCAGGAGAAGAAGAAGGAGGUCGCGGAAGAGGAGGAGGAUGAGCCAGUUGAGAAGCCAAAGGCCAAGCACCCUCUCGAGGCACUACCAAAGGCAACCUUCGUCCUCGACGACUGGAAGCGCAAGUACUCCAACGAAGAGACCCGUGAGGUCGCUCUUCCUUGGUUCUGGGAGAACGUCAACUUCGAGGAGUACUCCAUCUGGCGUGUCGACUACAAGUACAACGACGAGCUCACCAUGACCUUCAUGACGAGCAACCUGGUCGGUGGUUUCUUCGCCCGUCUCGAGGCCAGCCGCAAGUACCUCUUCGGUGCCGCGUCCGUCUUUGGCGUUACCAACGACAGCGUCGUUCGUGGUGCCUUUGUCGUCCGCGGCCAGGAGGCCCUCCCAGCUUUCGAUGUCGCACCAGACUACGAGAGCUACGAGUUCACCAAGCUCGACCCGACCAAGAAGGACGACCAGGAGUUUGUCAACGACAUGUGGGCGUGGGACAAGCCAAUCGAUGUCAACGGCAAGCCAUACGAGUGGGCUGACGGCAAGGUCUUCAAGUAA